GACGGCGCGCUGCCCGCCGCGGGCACGGGGGCACCUGGCGGGGCCUCAGGAUCCAAGAAUGCCGACUCAGGGAUUCACUCAGAUUCUUGUCUUAGCGGGAGCAAGCUAGGCAGGAAAUACGGGCCUCUUGGCUGGCGUUCAGUGUAGAUUUCUGGCACCUGACCGAGAAGAGCAGCCAGCGUCUUGCUUAGAUGUGGAAAAACCUCUGAUAAGUGACUUGAAGGAGUCAGAAGAGCCUCCAAUGCAGACACCCCAGGGAAACCCACUGGUGCUUUCCCACACCCUGCAAGAGCUGUUGAGCAAGGAUACCGUGCAGGUGGAACUGAUCCCUGAAAAAAAAGGCCUCUUUCUGAAACAUGUGGAGUAUGAAGUUUCCAGCAAGCGUUUCAGGUGCUCCGUGUACAGGCGGUACAAUGACUUUGUGGUCUUCCAUGAGAUGCUCCUUCAGAAGUUCCCGUACCGAAUGGUCCCUGCACUUCCCCCCAAAAGGAUGCUAGGAGCUGACCGAGAGUUCAUAGAGAUGAGGAGGCGGGCACUGAAGCGUUUUGUGAACCUGGUGGCCCGGCACCCUCCGUUCUCAGAAGACGUACUUCUGAAGCUCUUCCUCUCCUUCAGCGGGUCGGAUGUGCAGAAUAAGCUGAGGGAGCUGGUCCAAGGUGUGGGGGACGAAUUCAUGACUUGCAAACUAGCAACUCAGGCCAAGGAUUUCCUGCCAGCUGACAUCCAAGUGCAGUUCGCUGCCAGCAGGGAGCUGAUCCGGAACAUCUACAACAGCUUUUACAAACUGCGGGACCGAGCCGAGAAAAUAGCCUCUCGAACAGUUGACAACGCCUCCGACCUCCUUAUGUUUGGGAAGGAACUAAGUGCUUUGGGGUCCGACACAACUCCACUCCCUUCCUGGGCUGCCUUGAACAACAGCGCUUGGGGCAACUUGAAGCAGGCCUUGAAAGGCCUCUCUGUCGAAUUUGCACUCCUGGCUGACAAAGCUGUGCAGCAGGGUAAACAGGAAGAGAGUGAUGUGGUGGAGAAGCUGAACCUAUUCCUGGACUUGCUCCAGUCCUAUAAAGACCUGUGUGAGAGACACGAGAAGGGAGUUUUGCACAAGCACCAGAGAGCCUUGCACAAAUACAGUAUGAUGAAGAAGCAGAUGAUGAGCGCCACAGUACAGAACAAAGAGCCGGAGUCCGUAGAGCAGCUGGAAUCCCGAAUUGUGGAGCAAGAGAACGCGAUCUUGACAAUGGAGCUGCGAAAUUACUUCUCUCUAUACUGCCUGCACCAAGAGACCCAACUGAUCCACAUUUACCUUCCACUCACAUCUCACAUCCUGGGGGCUUUUGUCAAUUCUCAGAUCCAGGGCCAUAAGGAGAUGUGCAAAGUCUGGAAUGAACUGAGGCCCAAGCUGAGCUGCCUCUUCGCAGGAUCCAGCAACUUGUCGACACCGCCGUCAUCAGCCCAGGAGGACAGCCUCUUUCCCAGUUAAGGGUUGAGGGCUCUGGGGCAUGGAAGGGAGGCCCUGUGUAACGUGCGCGUGUGAAGAGUUUAAAGUAACUUCCCAUUGGCUAUGUUUGUACUCCCUUUGUUUUUAUUUUUGUUUUCCUUUUUUUUUUUGCUGCUUUGAGCUGCUCCAUGAUUUAUGGGCUGCCUGGAAAUGUGACAGUGCAGAGAGAGAGAGAGAGAGAGAAUCUCUCACCUUUUAAAUUAUUUUGGUUUUCAUUUCGAAGUGCUGUGGAGUGGAAAUGAAUCUCCUUAUCCCAGAGGCUUUCUUUAAUGCUUCUCUUGAGCGAACAAGUUGGAGUCUUCCCUUUUGCCCUUAAUUUAACCUUUCCUAAAUGUGCUGAUGGGCCCUUGGCAAGCUACUAUCUCUUGAGCGAACCUCCUCGACAGCACUGUUUCAUGGUUGGGUUUUCUUUUUUGUUAGAGAGGGACUAUCGCUCAGUGGUAGAACCCCAGCAUUGCCUGCAGAAGGUCUCGGGCCCCGGCUUCUCCAGUUUAGAGGAGCAGGUAGCUGGUGCUGGGGAAGAAACAACUAAGUAGGUGCUCCCCUGUGGCAUAUUUAGAGGAGGGUGCGUGGGUCUGUACAUUGGUCUUGCACAUUACAAAGCUGAACUCCCAUUGCAGGCAAGGGAUCCGUUAGAAUGUCUUUUUAUGUUACAUAGGGUGACCCUAUGGAAAGGAGGACAGGGCUCCUGUAUCUUUAACAGUUGCAUAGAAAAUGGAAUUUCAGCAGGUGUCAUUUGUAUGCAUGCAGCACCUGGUGAAAUUUCCUCUUCCUCGCAACAGUUAAAGCUGCAGGUGCCCUGCCCUCUUUUAAAUCUGGUCACUCUAGUAUAGCUCCUGCACUUUAACUGUUGUGAUGAAGAGGGAAUUUUACCAGGUUCUCCAUAUACACAAAGGACACCUGCUGAAAUUCCCUUUUCUAUGCAACUGUUAAAGAUACAGGAGCCCUGUCCUCCUUUUCAUAGGGUCACCCUAUGUUACAUCUGUCUUCAUCCUUAUGAUGCCCCACUGCGGGGUUCUUUAUUCACCCCCCCCCCCAAAAGAGGGAUGAUCCUAGUUCCUUCUUGAUACACUUUGGCCCCAUUCAGAAGACACUGUAAACCAUGGCUUUAACCACUGCGAAUAAGGAUUUUUUACCUUAUUCGCUGUGGUUAAAGCCAUGGUUUAAGGUGUCUUCCGAACAGGGCCGAAGUGUAUUAAGAAGGAACUAGGCUCUAGUUUCUUGGGACCAUACUUUAAAACAAAAUAAAAAGAAAUGUGAUUCGUAUGCCUUUUACUAAUGUACCAGCCUUCGUGUUAAUAUUAUGGUGUGUGUGUUUUAAAGCUCAACUUUUUGAAUGGAGCGAAUAGGAAAUUCUCUCGACCUCCCAUCUCCUCUUCCUUGCCUUUUUUGUGUUUGUUUUUCAUCUUAUUAAAGCUGCAUGCAAAAGUUACAGGCCUGUCCCAGCUGCAAGGAGGAAUUUCAGACCACGGCAAGAGCUAUACCAGUGCCCGACUCUGACCUUGGUACACUCACCUAAAUGCGAUUGUUCAGGCUGGCCUUGGGACAUUCCCCUCCUUGGAUGUUUAAGGGACUCGGUAGCUUGGAGGAACCAGGCUGCAACCAUCUCAAAGGCCCGUGCUGUGGAUGUUUGUACCUGCCCUUAGCAGAAAAACUGAUCUACCCUUUUCUUUUAUAUGUUAAUACAGAAUAUUUUUGAAAGCUUUUAUAAUGGAGAUUAAAAGUAUUAAUCUUUUUUUAAUUAUUUUUUCAGUUAGAAGAGCAGUUAGAUAACCUAAUUGUUCUAAGCCCAGGAGAGGCAGAACCCUUCCCUGUUCAAGCGAUCAUUUGUGUGUGAAAACGACCACGCGGGGCCCAUUCGCUCGACCAAACUGGCCUUUUAUGAAGCGGCCGUGCAAUUCUUUUGCUGCGUUCCAGGAACGCACGUCGGGUCACACUUACUGCACCAUUGCAAGAGCCAGGAAGUUAGGUGAGGAAAGUGUGAUAAGGCGGGUUCUCCUCCAUCACAACCUGGGUGUGUGUGAGAACCAUCGAACAUUUCAUUGUGCCUGCAAGCGUAUUUUGCAAUUGGCUUUAGUGUGUCAUCGGUGCUUGGGCCGAUGGGGCAUACAGAACACUGCACAUGGAGGGCUGGCACGCUGCAGCCACAAAGGUGGCCCCAUCCAUGGACAGCGCCUGCUAAAGCUCAAUGCAUCCAUACUCUCAGUAAUCUAGCAACUGCCUCUGCUCAUGCUAUGGUAACUCAGUGUCAGUGCAAAUGGCAGGCACUGCAACUAAGGAUAUACGGAUUUGUAAAACCCAUUCCGCAAAUCGUCAGGUGCCUUUCAUUCUGACAUCUGCUCAUUAGCAGAAUCGGAUUUUCCUCAUUUCCCGAAUUUACGCAAAUUUGCACUUGUGAAAAUGACCCCCAAGUGCAUUUUCAUGCUUUAGGCUACGGGGGAAAUGUGCAUUUUCAGCCGAUGUUUUUAUUGUACGUGUUUUUCUAAAUUUGUGUAAAAGAACAACACCACCCCUCAGUCUGCGGAAUCCACAGGUCGGAUUUAUAGAAAUCUGAACUCAUUUGAUUCCAUUGUGGAUUUUUCCUAAAUCUCUUACUUGCGACAGAGCUGGACUUCGAACAAGCCCCAGCGUUGCACGGAUCUUCUCAACCGACCCUCUCAUCACCCCGGUUGGGUUGUGGCACCGGGAACCCAAGUAGCAAUUUCUCCCAGUGCUUCGGAGCCUGAGCUUCCAUGGCAAUUUGCUACUGAAUGUGCUCAUCUUUCUGCAGAAGGUAAAACUGCAGAAGUCUAAAAACAAAGUGCAGGGUGAUUUAGGAGCUUCCAGAGGCCACUAAGGCCUUAGCUAGACCUAAGGUUUAUCCUGGGAUCGUCCCGGAGUCAUCCCUGCCUGCUCCCGGGAUCCCCUGUGUGUCAUUUAGAUGCACAGGGAUGACCCUGGGACGAUCCCAGGAUAAACCUUAGGUCUAGCUAAGGCCUAAGCGAGAUUUAUCCUCUUUUUGUCCAAAGGACUGAGCUGCCUUGAUUGCAUAUGCGCUUACCUGAUGUGGUCUCAUUACCCAACUCAAUGUGUGUCCAGCAUUUCUAAAGCCAGUUUCUAGCUUGCAGUCCUUUGCACAACUCCUGUAUGAACUCUGUUGGACUUCCUUCCAAAUGAACGAGCACAGCCUUGGACUGCAAGGCUGUGCUCUUCAACAUGUUUACUCCGAAGUAAACCCCACCAGGGCCAAUGGGGCAUGCUCCUUCAUGUGCAGAGUUUUGCAGCAUUCAUACAAAUAGGAAAAACUCAGUUUGUCCAGGAUUAAGAUGUUGCAUCUCUCAAGGUUUUCAACUUUGCCUGGGCAAGAAAGGACAGCUGUGUAAAAGUACAAGUCUCUGACUGGGAGAGCAACUUUUCAGGUGUUUAUACUGUCCCUGGUCUUUGGCUAUGCUGCCAGGGCUGACGGCAGUUGCAGUCCAACGAAAUCUAGGAGGGGAGGGCACACAUUGGCCUAGGCUCUGUUGGGAAAGCACCUUUUGUGGUGUUUACCCUUCUUUUGAGGAAACCAUAUCUGCAGUGGAACAGUUAAUAGGCGUGAGAACAGUUGUGUGGGUGAUAAAUAUCUUAAAGAGGAAAGCUGCUCUUGUGGAACAACUGGCAAACACUCAAAUGUUCUAUCUCCCUGUUCUUUUGCUAUUCAAAAGUGUCUUUGCUAAAGCAAGCUGAAGAGGGUGUGUGUUUCCUCUUAAUCCUCUCAGAUUUUGCAAACUUCAUACCUCCUGCCCACUUGGCAAAAAUAGUGUUUGUUUUUUUAUUUAAAAAAAAUUAAGCACUUUAUCAAACUGCAAGGAUUAGAGAACGUCUUAUUAUAGCUGGUAGACUUAAUGUUUACAGAUUAUGACUUUCCCCCAAAAAAGUAUCUAUCAAAUGUUACAAAAAAAAUUGCAUUUGUAAGAGACGUGUAAAACUUAUAUUAAAAAGUUAAAGUUUA